AUGUAUCGCCAUUUCUUCGAUUAUUUGAGAGAAAUGCGCGUCAACCACCUGAUUCCGCUGGAUGUUCUCUAUGUUUACUACGCCCAUUAUGAGGAGCCUGCAGACAAGGACGGAUCGGAAACUUGUACCCUUCUAGAGUAUCUCAAAGCUGAGGGUUAUCGUAUGGUCGAUAAAGUGGAGGGCCUAGAUUAUGAACACUGUAAAAUGGCACUGACGUCACUGGCCCAUUACCACGCCUUGACGAUGAGUGCACUACUUGAGUGGGUGACUAAAUUUACACCUAAAAUGUCUAAGGUCAACAUAGUGGAAACGUUGGAGAGCAGUGGCCCGUUGGUGUGUAUUGUGCACGGAGAUUACUGGAGCAACAACAUGUUGUUCAAAUACGAAGAUGGUAUCCCAGUCUCAUUGCUGAUGCUCGAUUUUCAACUAUCAAGGAUCGGCCAUCCACUCGGCGACGUCGCGUAUUUCCUGUACACGAGCACCUUGCCGGAAACGAGACAGAAGUACCUGCACGAUUUGCUUUGUCACUAUUUCGACACUUUGACAACCGAUUUGCGACUUCUUGGCAUCUCCCUCGAUAAUUACAACAUGGACAACAUUUGGGCUGAUUUCAAGAAGAGUUCCUUGAAGUGGAUGUUUAGGGGUAUCAUGGCCCUUUCCAUGUCUCAGAACAAACAAGUUGUUACCAAUUUGAAGGAAGCGAAUGCAAAGCAACUUAAACAGCCCAAACUAGAAGAGGACUAG